UUGUAACCGUCGUAGAAGCAUUCAGCUGCUGCUGUCACGCUGGACCAAUUGAUGUCCUGAAGUUAAACUUUUCUGGCUUGACAGACAGGCGACAUCCAUAGGUGGAAGGCGCUAGAAUGUCGUGGUCCCUUCGCGCGCCGUCGCCAAACCCUACCUGCGUCAUCUUCUCGCGCGCCAAAAGUCGUCCCGGGUGCCUAAAUAAUUCGUCGCACCAACUGCUUCAGUCCCAUCUCUCCCCGAACCACUCUCUUCCGACCGACUUUCCACCGACACGGCAAGAUGAACGAUCCACGAAUGACCAACCUCCUGAAAUGGAGUAUCGAGAACUCUGAAGCGUCGCGAAACGACCCCAAUGCGCCGAAGACGGACACGAAAUUCGACCCUCGGCCGUUCGGGGGAAUGCUCAGCGGCUUUGCUGGACCUUCGGAUGCUAAGAUGAUGAAAAACAGUAUGGAAAUCAUAAUGAAGCCGCAAUCCACCCUUGAGGAAAAAGUCAAUGCCUUCGAAGUCUUCGAGGGGCUGAUUGUGGACAUCGACAACGCCAACAACAUGGAUCUGCAGCUGUGGGGCAAUCUGCUCAAACAGCUUGAGCACGAAGUCGCCGAGCUCAGGGGGCAUGCAGCAUCGUGUACGGCCAGUGCGGUCGAGAACAAUGCGCGAGGACAGGAAAGGUUGUUCGUCCACGGAGCCAUACCUACUCUCGUGAAGCUCGCUACCGAAGACGAAAACAUGGAGGUGCGCAAGAAGGCCAUCCGCGCUCUUUCUUCCGUCUCCCGAAACUUCCAGCCUGCGCUCGAUGCCGUCGUCGACCACGUACCGCGACACUUCAAACCGGACACGACGCUGGAUGCCGGAGACAUGGUCUCGGUAGACAGCUUGAUGGACCGGUUGAGGGCAGAUGCAGGCCUAACCCAGUGAUAUGGUUGCGAACUCUGAGUUCGAGCAUUAUCGGCGUUCACGGCAAGCGUUGGGUCAUACUGUGUA